CUCUCCAUUGUCGUAGUACUGCUUGCUAUGCUACUGGGCUACGUAUACAACUUCUACGGACAGCGAAUUAUCCUCGUCUCUGGCGUCUUUCGAAAUCCAGAAAGAACUGAACUGGCCCCAGAAGACUAUGUGGUGAUUGAAAACACGAUAAACUGUGAGGAUUUGCACCAUCAUGAACCAAGCGGCCUUAUCUUCACUGCUUGUGAAGAUUAUGUAGGGAGCCGCCUGGCAUGGUUCCCUCCAUUGGAGCAUUUUCACGACCCAUCCACGAAAAAGAUGAAGGGAAAGCUUCAAGUUAUUGAUCCUAAGACAUUCAAAACCCAAGUUUUAGCACUCGAAGGUUUUAGCGGGCCAUUCGUGACUCAUGGCAUUGAUGUUAUUGAUGAUCCGAAUAAGCCUAAAGGCGAAGCGGUUUACAUAUUUGCCGUUAACCACAAGCCUAACCCCGAGCAUUUUCGUGAGAACGGCAACGUCAAUGCUCCAAAGUCGCACUCGGUGGUGGAGCUUUUUCACCAUGUCAUUGGCUCUCAGACAGCGCGACACAUCAGGACAAUAUGGCACCCCCUCUUUGUAACGCCAAAUGACCUGUUUGCUGAAUCUCCGACGUCGUUUUUUGUGACGAAUGACCACUACUACACGGAUGGGUUCAUGAGGAGAGUCGAGGACCUGUUUCCCAUGGCCACAUGGACAAACGUCCUCCACGUUAAGCUCCAAGAGUCGGGAUCGGCUGAUGGGGGUGACAGUGCAGGAGUCCAUGCGUCAAUUGCACUGGAGAAGUUGCACAACCUGAACGGGUUAAGUCAUGGAAGAGCCAAAGAUGAAAUUCUUGUAAAUGGGUGUACCAGUGGCGUCCUGCAUUUGGGACAAAUCCAGGGAGACGCUAAUAAGCUCAUCAACGUGACUGAAGAUAUCGAACUUGGAUCGCCUAUCGACAAUCCAAGCUACUUUAGGGACCCAUAUGCCAACAGCACCUUUGAUGCGAGUGGGAUUCUUUCCUGUGGACCGACGAGGGGCAUAGAUUUCUUCAGCAACAAGGGAAAGGAGCAUGUUCUAGAUCCCAUCUUGGUGUGGAAGGCCUCACCCAAAGCCGGCAAAAAACAAGAAGAAGGGGGUGCUGCAAUUAAAGAUGGGGGAAACUGGGAUGUCAAUGUGAUCUUCCAAGAUGAUGGACACAGAAUCCGGACUGCUAGCGCCUCUGUGUUGGUGGCCAUUGAUCCGAAAGAAGAGGGAGGCAGACGCAGAGCAUGGUUAUUUGUCUCGAGCUACCAUGCCUCUAGUGCCAUUGCCGUCAAGGUUGAUCUGUAAACAUUGAAGCGAGAGGUGUUUGCUUCUGGGUUAUGCUUCUUCCCCUUUUCAACAGCCCGAUGAUGAGCAUAACAAUAUGAGUUAGACGUCGAUCUCUCCCGCAUCGCAUACCAUGCUAAUAGUCUAAUGCUAUGUGGUGUUACCUAGCCAUGGAAACCAAGAGCUGCAUGCUUAUCGUACCACAUACACAAUCGUGGCCAUUCAAUUGUACUGCCAAAUACAGCAUGAGAAUCCAGAAUAGGCAAUUGAAAUUACUGAUGAGACGG